AGGCUUAUUUACGCAGCCCGCCGUGCCUGAGCCCGGCUCCGUGCAAAGCGCGCUGCUAAGCUUAUGGCAUAGAGUAAGCUAAGGCUGUCAAGGACGCUCCCCUGAGGAUCCCAGCCCAGCGGGGAAUUGGCAGUGAGUGCUCUGUGACCCGGGCUGUGAUAAGGACGCCCACAGUGAGGCAUUCAAACUAGAUGAGAGGGCAGGGAUGAGUCCCUGGAGAGCACUACCAAAGCGGACACCUGGCCCGCCAGCCAUGCUAAGGAGGAGAGAAGCCUUCCCAGCAGAGGGACAGCAUAAGCAAAGUCUAGAGAAGGGAUUGAACAUGUAUUUUGGGAACUCACUUGGGAGGUAGGGUUGAUAAGACUUGAUUGUGGCUUUAGGAUCUAGGUUUAAAAUGAAAAGUUGUUUCUCAAGUUUCUGGCUUGAGCAGUUAAAUUUAUACCAAGAUGGGCUGGAGCUGGAGUUCAGUGGCAGAAGAACGCUUGACUAGCAUGUGUGAGGCACUGGGUUCGAUUCUCAGCACUGCAUACAACAGAAUCUCGUAGCUCAGAGAUGAAGAAACCUACAUUUAUGGAUGAGGAAGUCCAAAGUAUCCUCAUCAAGAUGACGGGCUUGAAUUUGGAGAAGAUUUUUAAGCCAGCUGUACAAGAGCUGAAACCACCAACUUAUAAGCUAAUGACCCAGGCACAGUUGGAAGAGGCUACCAGAAAGGCAAUUGAAGCAGCCAAAGUGCGAUUAAAAAUGCCACCAGUUUUGGAAGAACGAACACCAAUAAAUGACGUGUUAGCUGAAGAUAAGAUCUUGGAAGGAAUAGAAACUGCCAAAUAUGUGUUUACUGAUAUAUCAUAUAACAUACCACACCGGGAGCGUUUUAUUGUUGUCAGAGAACCAAGUGGCACACUACGAAAAGCCUCUUGGGAAGAACGGGACCGGAUGAUACAAGUUUAUUUUCCAAAAGAAGGUCGCAGAAUUUUGCCACCAUUAAUUUUCAAGGAAGAAAACCUUAAGACAAUGUACAGCAGGGACCGGCAUGUUGAUGUCCUCAAUCUCUGUGUUGCCCAGUUUGAGCCAGAUUCUACUGAGUAUAUCAAAGUUCACCACCAGACCUAUGAAGAUAUAGAUAAACAUGGAAAGUAUGACCUUUUACGUUCAACAAGACACUUUGGUGGAAUGGCUUGGUAUUUUGUAAAUAAGAAGAAGAUUGACGGUUUGCUGAUUGACCAGAUUCAGAGAGAUUUACUUGAUGAUGCCACCAGCUUGGUCCAACUGUAUCACAUGCUCCAUCCAGAUGGCCAGUCUGCUCAAGAGGCCAAAGAGCAGGCUGCUGAGGGAGUCAAUUUAAUUAAGGUCUUUGCAAAUACUGAAGCCCAGAAGGGAGCAUAUAUAGAAUUAACACUGCAAACUUAUCAAGAAGCAUUCAUGAGUAGUCAUUCUGCAGCUUCCUGAAAAUAUUUUAAAAAUACAUUUCAAUUUACUAAAACCUUCCUUUGUUAAUGUUUAUCUUAAUGUUUAAAAACAUCAAGAUCAAAAGGU